CUGCUGCUGCCCGACAGAUCCAAAACCUGUGACCCCUCCUUCUGCAAGGGGACGGAGGAGGUGGCAGCCCCGCAGGGACACCCGUCCCCCUCGCUCGGCAAACGUGCCACCAGCUACCGCAAAGCCUUCGGGGAUCUCGCCGAGCGGGACGUGCUGCUGGGCUGCUUCUCCUGCGCCUGGCAGAGAGAGGUGCCCUACCAUGGCCGCCUCUACGUCUCCUCCCGCCACCUCUGCUUCCACUCCAGCCUCCUCCUCAAGGACAUCAAGGCAGUGGUCCCCGUCGCCUCCAUCUCGGCCCUCAAGAAGACCAACACGGCGCUGCUGGUGCCCAACGCGCUCAGCAUCCGCACGGCCGAGGGGGAGAAGUUCCUCUUCGUGUCGCUGCGCCGGCGGGAGGCCACCUACCAGCUCCUCAAGUCGGUCUGCAAACACCUCAAGGACAAGAGCUGGAGCCCUCCGGACUCUCCAAACACCAAGGAAAUCCUUCGGAAGUCCCUGACCUCGAGCCAGUCGGACCUGGAGCAGAGCACCCAGGGGACCGACGGCCUCCAGGAGCUGCCGGAUGGCCCGAGCCCAACCCCAAGGCCAGCGGAGGAGGAUGAAGAGGCGGCGGUGGCGCUGAUCAGCGGUGAGGGGGUGCCCUCGGCAAAGCCACGCAGCCCCCAGGGACAAGAGCUGGAGCCCUCCGGACUCUCCAAACACCAAGGAAAUCCUUCGGAAGUCCCUGGUAAGGUCGGGAAAUGGUUGGCAGGAGGAGUUCCCUGUGUCCCUGACCGGGGCAGGGCGUGGAACUGGAUGAUCUUCAAGGUCCUUCCAACCCAAACCAUUCCCCAAUUCCAUGAUUUUGGGAGAGGGAGACGUGGCCCUGGGCCCCUGGGCUGGGAUGUGGUGGCAGCGUUGCUGCCUGGUCCCUGGGAAGGCUUUUUGGGGGGAAUACGUAGAAUUGAUGAGUCCUCAUCCUGGGCUGGUGUUGACCCCAGGACCCUCAGGGGCUGGCACGAGUCCCAUUGGGUCCCACUUGUGUCCCCGUGGCCGUGGGGCGGGUGCCUUGGGGGACGUGCACCGUUACUGGGGCUUGUCUUCUUUCAGACCUCGAGCCAGUCGGACCUGGAGCAGAGCACCCAGGGGACCGACGGCCUCCAGGAGCUGCCGGAUGGCCCGAGCCCAACCCCAAGGCCAGCGGAGGAGGAUGAAGAGGCGGCGGUGGCGCUGAUCAGCGGUGAGGGGGUGCCCUCGGCAAAGCCACGCAGCCCCCAGGGGGGACCCCACACUGCGCUGUGGGUCAGGAGCAUCGUGCCGCUGAGCCCCCUCAGCACCGUCAUCCUCAUCUACCUCCUGCUGAUGGUGGCCCUGCUGCUGUCCUCGGGCUACAUCGGUCUGCGCAUCGUGGCGCUGGAGCAGCGGUUGGCGUCCGUGGGGGCUUGGCCAGAGCUCAACCUGUCGCACCAGUACAACACGACGUGAGGCCAGCGAGGACCCAGCCAUCCUGGGGGCACCAGGCUCGGCCCCUGCUGCGGGGACAGCCUCGGGG